AUGGAUUCACAGUGUUCUCCUCCGCUUCACAUCGCCUUCCUUCCCUUCCUGGCACCCGGCCACAUGGUCCCCCUCACCGAGAUGGCCAGACUGGUCGCCGCCCGCGGCCCCCGCGUCACCAUCAUCACCACCCCUUCCAACGCCCUCCUUCUACGCCCCGCCGUAGACAAGGUCGCCGCCGCCGGCCACCACAUCCGCCUCCGCCUCCUCCCUUUUCCCUCCAAAGAAGUCGGCCUCCCCGACGGCCUCGAGAACUUCGUCGCCGUCCUCGAUCAAGACACCGCCACCAAGCUCUACCGCGGCGUCGGCCUCCUCCGGCCCCACAUCGAAGCUCUCCUCACGGAGCUCCGACCCGACUGCAUAGUGUCCGAUAACUUCUACUCCUGGACCGCUGAAUUCGCCUCCCGGGUCCGGACCCCCAGGCUUGCCUUCCAAGGCACCUGCAUCUUCGCGGCCGCCCUCGAAGACGCCAUUCUAAGGCACUCUCCUCACCGGAAGGUGGGAUCCGACUCCGACCCGUUUGUGGUUCCGGGCUUACCAGACCCCAUCACCAUGACCAGGCCCCAGCUGCCGGACUUCAUCCAGAAGACGACGCAGUUCACUAAGACUGUAGAAGAAUGGAGAGAAGCCGAGUCGAAGAGCUUCGGAGUUUUGAUUAACGCCUUCUACGAGAUGGAACCUGCUUACGCGGAGCAUUACAGGAAGGUGAUGGGCAAGAGGGUUUAUCACAUUGGCCCCACCGUUCUCAUGCACGGAGACGCCGGAGAUAAAGCCCACAGAAUUCACGAGACCGUAGUCGGAGAAAAUGAAUUGCUGACCUGGCUCGACUCGAAGCAGCCCGAGUCGGUUGUCUACGUAAGUUUCGGCAGCGGGUGCCGAUUCCCCGAUGAGCAACUCGCUGAGAUCGCCGGCGGGCUCGACUCCGCUGGUCACCCAUUCAUCUGGGUCGUCGUCAGAGAUGAUAAGGAGAUAGAAGAAGAUGAGGAAGAGACCAAGUGGUUACCGGAAGGAUUCGAAGAGAAGAUGAAGAAAGAGGGAAAGGGUGUAAUCGUGAGGGGGUGGGCUCCACAGGUGCUGAUUCUGGGCCACCCGGCGAUCGGCUGCUUCGUGACUCACUGCGGGUGGAACUCGGUGGUGGAGGGGAUCAGCGCGGGGGUUCCGAUGGUUACGUGGCCGCUGUACAGUGAGCAGUUCUACAACGAGAGGCUGGUGAUUCAGAUGCUGAGGAUUGGGGUGGAGGUGGGGUCCAUGGAAUGGGCGUUGUGGGUCCAUGUCGGGAGGAAGUUGAUCGAGCGGCAGAGGAUAGAGGCGGCGGUGAGGAGGGUGAUGGACGGCGGAGAUGAAGCGAGGGAGCUCAGGAGGCGAGCUGCAUCUCUGGCGGAGGUGGCGAAGAUGGCUGUGCGAGAAGGUGGUUCAUCUUACAAGAACCUAACGGCUUUGAUUGAGGACCUUCAGCAGAAUAGAGCAGCCGCCGUAGCUGACGCUACCGACACCGAUGUAGCCGCCGUUGCGACUGCUCCUCCCGAAGUUGCUGCCGCUGCCGUUGCUGCUGCUUCUCCUCCUGCUGCGCCCGCCGUCGCUGCAGAAGCUAAGGUUGAUAAAGGGAUGAAUCCGGAACCUUCUUGUAAUUAA